UGAGAGAAACCCAUUUGUCUUCUAUUCCUUGUGAACGUGGGUCAUUGGAAUUUUUCACAUUCUUUUUCUCACCUCUCAAAGAGAAGAAAAAAUGUCUAAUAAUAUUGUGAUAGUUUUCGACUUCGAUAAAACCAUAAUUGAUUGUGAUAGUGAUAAUUGGGUUGUUGAUGAAUUAGGUUUCACCGAUUUGUUCAAUCAACUCCUUCCCACUAUGCCUUUCAAUUCUCUCAUGGACAGAAUGAUGAUGGAGCUUCAUUCAAAUGGAAAAAGUAUCGAAGAUAUUGAAAAAGUUCUUCAAAGGAUACCAAUUAAUCACAGAAUAAUAUCUGCUAUUAAAUCAGCUUAUGCUUUGGGGUGUGAUUUGAGGAUUGUUAGCGAUGCUAAUACGAUUUUCAUUGACACAAUUUUGAAGCAUUUGGGAAUUAGUGAAUGCUUCUCUGAGAUUAACACCAAUCCUGGUUAUGUUAAUCAAGAAGGAAGAUUAAAAGUUAUGCCUUAUCAUGACUUCAACAAAGCUUCUCAUGGUUGCACUCUUUGUCCCCCAAACAUGUGCAAGGGUUUAAUCAUUGAUAGAAUCCAAAAAUCAAUUUCUGAAGUGGAGAAGAAGAGAUUUAUCUACCUUGGUGAUGGUGCUGGGGACUAUUGCCCUAGCUUGAGGCUUAGAGAAAGAGACUUUGUGAUGCCAAGGAAGAAUUUUCCAGUGUGGGAUUUGAUAUGCAAAGAUCCUUCACUUGUUAAGGCUGAAAUUCAUGGUUGGAGUGAUGGAGAAGAAUUGGAACAAGUUUUGAUGAAUUUGAUUAACAAAAUUAUGAUGGAGGAACAUGUUCAAUUCAUUGCAUCUGACUGCAAGCUAGCUACAAACUCUAUUUGUUCCCGUUCACCAGUCAUUGCCUAAAGUUGGGCCUUAAAUUCUUAGUUUUUGUGUUAGAUGUUUCUUUUAUCAGAGUGUUUGUAUUGAAGCAGAGAAUUCUUGCUUUGAAUAUCAAUUUUCGAGGAAAUGCUACAAAUGAUUUUUGAAUGUUCAAGACAAUUUUAACCA